GUUAAUUUUUAUGAUUCGAUUUGGAAAAUCACCUCAACAUAUUUAAAAGAACCCAAAAAAACCAGAUAAUUUAGAGAUUCUUACACUAUUAGAUAAUUGCACUUGUACAUAUUAUAAUUCAAUUUAGUAAUCUUUAAGGAUGAUAGAAUAGUAUUAAGAAAUAUGGUUAAAGAUGGCAAUCAAGAUGUCAUAGCAAUACUGAACCAUUAUAAAAAGGGUAAUAAUUUUAAAGAUUUAUCAACUGAUCUAAGAAAAUAUCUUAGAAAAAAGGGAGAUAAAGAAAAUGAAAAAGUUCUUACUUGUUAAUCUCCAACAUCCAACAGAAUUUAAAAAGCUUAACAAUUAUAACUUUAACCUUUGUAAAAUAGUCAAAAGAAAUCAUGUCCUGAUUUAUGGAAACCUGCUGAAUAAUUAUCCCCAAAAACAAUAAAUUUGGGUAAAACUAAUUAAUUUGCCAAUGAUGUAUAAUUUUCAGAAAUUGUACUUUCAGAUAGAAAUUAAAAUGAAUCAAAAGAGAUUAUUUAAACUAACAUUUCUCAAUAAUAUGCAUUUCAUCAACCCACUCUUAUUUAACUAGAUAAUUCUUAAACUAUUCAAUAGAGCAGUUAAUUAUAAAAUAGUUAAUAACAUCAAGUUUAAGAUUAGGAUAUUGAUAUUCAUGAAGAAGAUGAUAUACAAUCUGAAUCAUCAAACGAAAGUAUUUUAAAUCAAAUCUCUUAACCUCCUCCAAUAAUCUAAGAUACAACUCCAAAAAAUGAAAUCAAACCAUCUUAAUUAUUUUAAAGUGGACAUUCAACAUAUCUAUAAAUUAAUACUGCUUAAUCUUAUCUUUAACCAAUAUUAGCAAUCUAAGACAAAUCACAAAACCUUCUUAAAUUAUAAGAAACAGAAAAUAAAAUUGUAGUAAGUGAUUCUCAAAAAUACUACAGUUUUUUCAAUUACUAAGAUUAUUAAAAAGUAGCUUAACCAUAAUAUAAACAUUUAUUCACACAUUGGUCAUCCUUAUUGCAUAAAUUAGAUAGACCUGAAUUUGUACCAAAUUAAAGAGUAGUACCUUAUAUAAAUGCUACUCCUGAAUAAAUAUUUACAAUUCUCUUUCCUAAUUCUGGGAGAGUUAAAAUUAGUUAUUUUGCAUUUGAGAAUUAAUUGAAACAUAAUUUAUUAUAAAUAGAUAGAGAUUCCUUGUUUAAAGAAUUGGAUAAAGAUUAAGAUGAUUGGAUAAAUUAUAGAGAAACUGGUGUUAUUUUAGAAGGAUUAUGUUUAUAAGUAGAAUAACCAAAGAAUUGUGUUAAAGUAAUUUUUGAAACAUUGAAAGCUUAACCAACUAUUCCAAACACAUUAACACUUUCAGAUCUAGAACUAUUUGAAAAAAAAACAGACUUUUAGUUUGCAAGAUAGUAUAGAUUUUAUUUUUAUUAUUAAGAUUAAUGUAAGAAGUAGAUGGAAAUCAAAAAGGACAUCUUACUUAUUGGGAUUUAUACAUGCAUCGUGACAUAUAUCUUAUGGAAAGAUUAUGUUAAAUAGUUUCAUCUAUUACAGGAGCCACUCAUAAACAUUGA